AUGACCGAAAAGUUUACUCGAGCUGAAGUUGCGGAACACAAUUCCAAUAAGGAUGUUUGGAUGAUCAUUGGCAACAAGGUGUUUGAUGUUACUAAAUUUUUGGAUGAGGUAUGCAAAUAGUUGUUAAGUGACUUUAAGUUUAGAUAGGUGAAAUUAUAAAAAAUGAAUGCACUUGUAUAUAUAAAAGAGAAAUGGAUUUUAGUUGGUUUAUAGGCAGCCGCCCAAUUUUAUCUUGAUAUGCUGAAGGAUAAAAAUACUAGGUUGUUCACUUAAUUCUGCGCACCUUCUCAAAACUAAUUCGUGGGGUGCGGGGGUGCAGAAUUAUGUGUAAACCUAAUAAUAUAAACGACAAUGUUUUCAGCACCCAGGAGGUUGCGAGGUUUUGCUAGAAAAGGCAGGCGAAGAUAGAACUGAAGCUUUCGAAGACAUCGGCCAUUCUUCAGACGCAAGAACUUUGAAGGAAGACUAUUUGGUCGGAGAAAUUGUAGAUGAAGAAAAAUGGCAAUAUUCAUACGACAAAAAACCUACAGGACAUGAAACCGCUGAUAAGAAUGGUCAACACCCAUUGGAGACCUAUGUAUUCCCAGUUGUUGUAGUCGCAAUCCUUGGUUUGUUGUACUACCUCUUUAGCUAA